AUCCUCCGUGUGAAGUCCUCUAAUCGUCACCUGACGUUCCGCCUCAUGCUCCGGCGGCUCUCCUCUCUUCCUUCUCGCUCUUCUCAUGUCUUUAAUUUCAUUUUCUCUUCCACAUGGCGGAGCUUAGAGCGCGAGAGGACGGGAGGCCAGGAACGCCUGGGAAAAGGCUGGACAGCUCGUUUGGGGACUCCAUGCUUGUUUCCCCCAGCAAAGAUGAGCAACAGCUGCUGGCAGUGCCGUUCUGCGGCAGUAUAAAGGGUGGGAUGCGACCAGGGAAGAAGAUCACCAUCAUGGGCAUUGUGGAUCCAGAACCAGACAGUUUUGACAUCAGCCUGACGUGUGGCUGUGGUGAUGUGGCUCUGGAGCUCAGUGCGAGGUUUGAGGAGAAGCAGCUGCUGAGAAACGCUCACGUCUCAGGCUCUUGGGGGGAGGAGGAAACCGCCAUUUCGUACUUUCCCUUCAUCCCACACCAGCCAUUCAGGUUGGAGAUCCACUGUGAGCACCAGAGCUUUCGUAUAUUCGUCGAUGGUCAGCCUCUUUUUGACUUCUAUCACCGUGUCCGCUCUCUGCUGGCCAUCGACACCAUUCAGAUCAGCGGCAGCCUGACCAUCACCAAACUCAACUGAGGAGAAAAAACCCAUCAGCAUUUCGCUCACCAGCCUGAACAACAGUGCACUACAAAGCACACUGGGCCUUUGUCAGUCUAAAGUUGUGCACUGUCAGCCUCUGUUAUACAGCUACAAACAGCUCUACAAUCUCUAGGGUUCCAGAACUCUCAGAAAGACAGCUCUAGAAUAUGUAUAAAGAGAGGUCUACAGCUGUCACAGUGUUAGUUCUAGAAUCUCUAGAGUGCCACAAUUCCCAGAAAGCUAGUUCUAGAAUCUCUAGAGUUGCAAUGCUCUUAGAAGACCAUCUAUAGAAUUUCUAGAGCCUGUUCUAGAAUCUCUUGAGUUCCAUAACUCUUAAAGAGCCAGUUCUAGAACUCUGAGCUGGAGUUCUACAACUCUAGAUUGAAUGCAAGACAGAACCUAGAGAUCUCUAGAAUGUCUAGAAAUCUAGAACACUCAGAGAGCCUAGAACUUUAGAAACCCAUAUCUGGAAUCUCUGUUUUUUUUCAGAGAGCCAGUACUAGAUUCUCUAGAGUUCUGAAUAUUUUAGAAUUCUGAACUGUAAUUCUAGAAUGCUAGAUUGAAUUUAAGACAGAACCUAGAAAUCUCUAGAAUGUCUAGAACUUCAGAAAUCCAUAUUUGGAUUCUCUAAAUUUCUACUAGAUUCUACUAGAUUCUCUAGAUUUCCUAAUUGGAAUUCUGCAUCUCCAGGUUGAGUUUAGGACACACUGUUUCUACCACCUGACUUUGUUUAGUCUUUAGUUGAAAGUUAAUUAUAAUCAGAAUGUAAGAGGGAUGGAUUAGAACUAAGGCUGCAGGACAUGGACAAAAUACUAGUAUUGCGAUUAUAUUGGUGCACAUUCAGGUUGUGAUUGUUAGAAAAUAGUUUAUUUGUAAAUUGAAUUAGCUGAUUGACCAAAAUUGUACUUUUGUUGGAUCCUGUGAGUAUUUAUGAUUCAUCAAAACACCAUAGAAACUCAUCUGGUGUGGGGCUUAAAUGUCUUGAAGGUGAAGCCAAGUUUUGACACGUCCAGAUAUUGUUCUGUCUUUGCUCCAAACACAAAUGGAGCAAUCCAUAGCAACUGUUGCUCGAUUGGACAAGCUUUACACAACAUUGGCAAAAAUCCUGUUCAAUCCAAUGGGAAAAAUUAAUCUGAACAUGUGCCGGUCAUUAAAAACGCAUGUUGAUGCAUAGUGUAAACUGGUCCAGUAUUAUGUAGCGACUCUAAACCUGCCUUGCGGGGCCAAAUGUGAUCUCAACAAGAUCGUCUGGAGACAGACAUGAGAAAUAAAUGCUGGUAUGAACUAUUAUUAUGGGAACAAGCUUCGUGUAAAAUUUCUAAACCAGUCCCUCAGCUUGUGAAGUAUGGGGCGAUGAUGCGCUCUUCAACAUUGUCCAACAAGCAACAAGCCUGCUGUUACCCCAUGAAUGGGUAACACUCUAUUUUGAUGGUCCACUUUAGAUGCUUGGUUGAUUCUCAGUCUGUCUUCGACUAAUAUUCAACAAAACAUCUGUUAAAUGCAACAGAACUAGAGGUUGAGUGUUAGAUUUAGAUUUAACAGAAUCUAACCAUAGGCCAAGGAUUGGCAGCCCAGGUGUGAAGAAUAGCCAUUUUGUUCUUUCAACAAGAAUCAUUUCUCCUUGGGAGCCGCAAUAUUUUAUAUCCAUUUUAUUGAAGUAAUGUUUUACCAUCUUGACUGAAAUAUUUCUUAAUAUGUGCCAGCUAAUGUCCUAGUGUAGACUAAAAAAUAUAAACGAUAACGCAGACUUACUUUGCUCUGCUUUAAGCUCAGCUAUAGUCGCUUUUCUCGCAUCUCCAGCAGGAAACGUUUCCUCAAAAGCAGAAUAGUUUCUUGUAAAAUGUCUCUCAGCGUUCGCCUCAGCUGGUUUCCUGGUAUGUUUAAACUCUCAACCACUAAAAAGUCGCGGGGCUGAAGUCAGCUGCUCAUCCGCCAGCUUCUUUUUCUAGUUGUCCCGUUUCACCUUAAAUGGCGCCAGAGCCAUCAGAAUGUAACUGCUGCACAAUUUAAGGUGGAACGAGAAAAUUGGAACCAAAGGCUGGUGAACGAAGCUUCGCGACUUUUUGGUGGUUGACAGUUUAAACAUAUCAGGAAAAAGCUGAGUACUUAUAAAUGAAAAUAAGUCCAUUCAUCUCUAAAUUAUCGAUGCCCGUCUUAAAUCUCUCUUUUGCUGGUCCGUUAGCUACAAGCUAGACGAGACUGUUGUCUGCAUUGCUACGGGGAUCAGCAUGAUAACUGUAUCAUAAUCCUGUAUUGCCUCCACACACCCAGUCUCGCCACCGGGCUUAUUAUUUUGAUGUUCUGUUUUAAAACAUUUGGCUAUGAAAAGGCACAAAUACAAACUUUUCACCUGGAAAAAUGUAUGUAAGGUGUGCAGUUGGACCUUAAGACCACUUGAGGGUACAUUUACAUCGUUUGUUCUUUUAUUUCUAACCGUGUCGGCGGGCUUGUUUUUUGCUUGCAUUACCGAAUGUACUCUGGACAGGAACAGAGCAGGGAUGGGAGGAGUUUGUUAGCUGUGGGUUUUACUGCAGUCCAGUCCCGAAAGCUUAACAAGUUCUCCUCAGACACAUGCUCUCGUUCUGAGAUCACGUCUGGCCCCACUAGACCACUCCAAACCAAGAUCGCUACUGUUUCCCAUUAGGCGGAAUGAGAUGUUUUGCCAGUGUUUUCUCUUGUACCACUUAGCAACCAUUGCCAUAGCCAUUGCUAUGAUAAAGCUCAUUUGAGGGCGGAGCAUGGAUGGAUCAAUUCCGUGUAGAUCGGAAUGUUCAGCCACUGGUCCACCUUCAUCCAGGAAACGACUGAUCUAACACACUUCCCAGAGCCUGACAGUAAUAAUACGACUAGUUCACUAAUUUAAGGAGUAGAUGCUCAGGAACACGACAGAUGUAUUUAUUUCUCUAACAUACUGUAAAUGUCUUACUGUACAUAGAGCUGCGUGUGGGACUACAUGAGUGUAAUAUAUGGUGACGUGCAAAUUGUGCCAGGCAUUCCGGAUACUGUAUACGCGUGUGAGGAAAAUGGUGAUGUUGGACUGUAGUGGUAUUUUUUGGCGUGCUGGAUAAACCAUAUAGAAAUGUAAAGAUCAGCGCUUCGUACUGUUAUUAGGGAAGGACACGGGCCUUUAAAACAUUAAACGAAUGUAUUGAGCGUUUUCGUACUGUAACUUAGGGAAGCAUCCAGGACAUUAAAAUUUAACGAGCCUUUCCUCUUCAUUUUUAUUAACUAUGGCAAUAUGUUGGACCAGCAACUGCAGAUGGUGGAUUAAUGCAAUGGAAUUAUUUUGAUAUUUUUGUUUUGUGAUUUUCGUUUACUGGCCAUUCAGUAUUCAGAAUGUUUAAUUAUCUUGUAAUCACUGAUUAAUUAAAGAUUUCUAAUCAA